AAAGUGAAAGUGAAAUGACGUCCUGUUGACAUAGUUGUUCGUUACAAUAUUUUCGAUUGAUGACGGCAUAUGCAAUUGGAUACCUUUUCGCAGGAGCCAAAAACGAACGGCAUUAAUUUCAUUAGUUAUCUAAGAUCAGCCGAUAUCCCUGAAUCUAUCGUAUCUGUCGGCACGCAUCGCAAUAAGUAGUUUACUUCGAGCGCAUAUUAUCGCAUCCUCUUCAAUAGUGGUAAUGGACCUGGGCUAUCAAAAGGUCUAUAAUCUACGGAUCAUGCUGUUCGUCGCUGCACGGAUGUCUUGUCUACAGAUGUCAAUUGGGGCUUCGUUUAGCCUUCUCCGGCAGCCACAUGCUGCCACAUGUGAUUGUCUGAGCGGCGGUGUCAAUAACAAUAACAGCUGGAGCAUAUCAACUAUUGGAAAGACUGAAUAUCCUGCUCUUGCUGCCAGGCAGAAUGAGGUGCACAUAGGAUUUCUCGCCGGAUACGUGCACUCGAAGGUAAUCUUGGGCGCUUUGUUACUGGCCAUCGAGAACAUCAAUAACGAUACCACGUUGCUUCCCGGCAAAACGGUACGACUAAAACCAGUCGACAUAGGUGCACAGAAGUCAUUGAAAGCGUAUCCCAUCCGGAAAAUGACCGAAAUGCGAGACGAGGGAAUAGCUGCGUUCAUAGGACCGGAUGAGACCUGCACGACGGAAGCGCUGGUAGCCUCUGCUUGGAAUAUUCCAAUGAUUUCGUAUAAAUGUGCCGACGCGGCUGUAUCCGACAAGAACGUCUACAGCAGUUUUGCCAGAACGCUGCCUCCGGCGACAAAAGUAUCGAAGAGUGUUGUUUCACUGCUACUGGCUAACAAUUGGCACUGUUUCACAAUAGUGGCCGGCAAACACCCCGCGUGGAGUAUGGAGAUUGCACACGCCGUUAAGAUUCAAGCGGAAACUAAUAACCUGACUGUCAAUCACUUCCGAGAGUACUCCGAUUAUAUUCCGUCGAAAAUUUAUAAAUUACAGAACAUAGUGGACGAGACAUAUCAGACAACGAGAAUAUACAUUUUUGUUGGUGAAUACAUCGAAAUGGUGGAUUUCGUGCGUUGCUUGCAGCAUCGGGAUCUUUUAAAUAGUGGAGACUACAUGGUCAUAUCGAUAGAUGAUGAAAUAUAUGAUUCUGGUACUAAGCGGAACAUUUAUCAAGAGUACUCCGAUUUCUAUCAGAAAUAUAUAGGAAGCUCGAAGGAAAAAUUUCCGAACCGAAAGCGGUACAGCUACAAAGAUAUCCAAGAGAGACUGCAGGAGGCAUUUCUAUCGGUUCUCAGAAUUUCUCCACUGUUUCCGCUGAAUCCGCAGUACAAAAAAUUGUGUCACCAAAUUAAGUGGUACGCAAGGCAGGAACCAUUUCAUGUACCACUUCCUACAAAUCCUAAGAUAUUUCAAGAGAUACAGGUUCCAAUAUACGCCGCUCAUUUAUACGAUGCGGUGCUGAUCUACGCUCGGGCUGCAACCGAAGUCAUCCAGAGUGGAGGAGAUAUUCGUGACGGAAGACAGAUUAUGCGCCAUAUUUUCAGUCGCUCGUAUCAUUCGAUACAGGGAUUCGAUGUCUAUAUUGAUGGGAACGGAGAUGCGGAAGGCAAUUUCUCUGUCCUCGCACUACAGAAAGACGAGAAAGUUAACAACUCACUCAACAAGUCCAUGCAGCCGGUGGGGAUGUUCGUGUAUAGCAGCAAUAGCACCCAUUUGCCCGAAUUCAAAUAUUUGAGCUCGUCCAGACCGAUCAUGUGGGUGAAAGGACGGCCUCCGUUGGCAGAACCACCAUGCGGAUUUCACAACGAAAAAUGUCGUCCGAAAACUCGGGACUGGCGGUACAUCACUGGCAUCACGGUAGCUGCCCUAUUCAUCGCUAUAUUGGCCGUCAUACUUUUCAAACAUUAUCGAUACGAGCAGACCUUGGCGUGUCUUCUGUGGAAAGUGGAAAUGAAGGACGUAACUAUUAUUAACUCGCCGGAUGUGUUGUUUUGUAAUGAAUCAAAGAAAAAAUUGACACAGGUCUGCAGACCAAGUAUAAUUACAGCAGGAGGAGAUGCAACAAAACGUGCCUUUACAAAUAUUGGCCUGUACCGAGGAAACAUAGUUGCCAUUAAGUAUUUACACAAGCGUUCAGUAGAUAUUACCAGAACAAUUCGCAAGGAAUUGAAACAGAUGCGCGAGCUGCGUCAUGAGAACUUGAUCACGUUCAUCGGAGCUUCAGUAGAUAAUGGAGCUGUUGCCAUACUGACCAGCUAUUGUGCCCGUGGUAGUUUGGAGGAUGUGCUGGGCAAUGAGGAUCUAUCGCUGGAUCAUAUGUUUGUGUCGUCGUUGGUUAGUGACAUUAUGAGGGGACUCAUCUAUUUGCACGACAGUGAUGUAGGUUCUCAUGGAAAUUUGAGAUCCAGCAAGAUUUUAAUAGAUUCCCGUUGGGUAGCACAAAUAUCUGACUUUGGACUGCACGAAUUCAAGUCUUCUCAAGAGGAACCAAAUAAAUUUGAAAAAGAACUACAACGAAGUCUAUGGAAGUCUCCAGAAAUUCUUCGCAAUCCACAUACUCCCUCCAAAGGAACUCAAAAGGGCGAUGUUUAUUCUUUCGGAAUAAUCCUGUAUGAAAUUAUGGGCCGCAAGGGACCUUGGGGAGAUAUAAACUUAGCAAAUCAAGACAUCAUUGCAAGAGUGAUAUCACCUCAGAAUUAUGGUAUAUUCCGACCACCCCUGCGGAUACUUGAUGCCCCGGAUUAUGUAAUACAGUGUUUGCAAGCUUGUUGGGAGGAAGAUCCGGAAGAUCGACCAGAUAUCCGUCUAGUCCGAGUCAAGUUGAAGCCGAUGCAAGCCGGGUUAAAACCAAACAUAUUCGAUAACAUGUUGGCGAUCAUGGAGAAAUAUGCUUAUAACCUAGAAGGGAUCGUCCAGGAACGCACCAAUCAACUUACUGAAGAGAAGAAGAAAACGGAAUCGUUACUACUGCGAAUGCUGCCUAAGAGCGUAGCAGAAUCUUUAAUGCGUGGCGAGCGCGUCGAAGCAGAAUGUUUCGAUUGUGUGACGAUCUUCUUCAGCGAUCUGGUUGGUUUCACAGAACUAUGUGCCCAAAGUACUCCUUUCGAAGUGGUUGAGAUGCUGAACGAUCUGUAUACAUGCUGUGAUUUCAUUAUUUCAAGCUACGAUGUGUACAAGGUGGAAACAAUUGGCGAUGCCUAUAUGGUUGUUUCUGGUUUACCAAUUCGGAAUGGAGAUCAUCAUGCCGGGGAGAUCGCCUCGCUAGCUUUGCAUUUACUCAAGUCAAUUUCUAACCUGGAAAUUCGUCAUCGUCCAGGCGAAUAUAUUCAAAUCCGAAUCGGGAUUCAUUCGGGGCAAUGCGUUGCUGGAGUGGUGGGACUGAAGAUGCCCAGAUAUUGCCUCUUCGGAGAUACCGUGAAUACUGCCUCGCGGAUGGAGAGCACUGGUGAGCCUCUUAAAAUACAUACAUCAUCGGUAACAUACAAUUUACUGAAAAAAAUGGGUGGAUACAAGUUCGAAGAACGUGGUAUUAUUAAAGUUAAAGGCAAAGGCGACAUGAUGACAUUUUGGUUGGUUGGAGAGGACGACCAGAAGAAGAUGGAUCGGUUUGGUUCUAACGACGCAGUAACCCAUUUGUCACUAUCGUUCGUCCCGGAUUUAAUACGAACUCCAGGACAGUCACAGGUCAACUUAGCGGAUUCGAUUCGUCAACUGAUAAGACUUGAAACAAAGCUGCACCGGCCUCAUCACAGCUGCAGCAAUCAGGAACUUCCUGCGCUCAGCACUCCCUCCAACUUGGGCUGCUAUAUCUGCCACAAACGUAAGAUCUACCAACGUCCACCGGUGAUGCAUGCUGCUUCGCAGAAUUUUUCCACCAAUGGAGAGCUACCAGAGAACAAAGCCAAUUACGUUGACGAUACUGUUUGCACCUGUCGCCGGCAGCAUUGUCUUCUCGAUUACUACAAUGAUAGUCUCAUGACUGUGAGAACCAUUCGAGAGCCAAGAUCGGCUCCUCUGAUCACCUUUAUGCAGUAAACCCGUCAAAUACUUGUACAACGAUUUUAAACUAAGCGGUUUCAACUGAACAGGAUGCCAGAUUAUACAUAAAUGUGUUUUUGGAUGUGAC